AUGGCCUGGGCACCUCACGAGGAUGGCAUCAAAACGGUGUUGGAGUUAUUGCAUAACUCACAGUCAGCUGAUACAAAUGUGCAAAGAAAUGUUCAAGUGUUGCUAAACGAUUUAAAUACUCGGCCGGAUUUUGUGAAGUAUCUGAUGUAUGUGUUUUCGAAACUCACGUCAGAGAACGAAAUGACGCGUGCGAUGAGCGGGCUUGUACUGAAAAACAACCUCCUAUCCUUUUAUCACACUCACCCCCCGGAAGUCAUAGCCUGCAUCAAGGAAGAAUGCUUGUCUUGCAUGAGCGAUCCUCUACCUAUGAUACGAUCUACCGCUGGGACCCUUAUAACUACGAUAGUAAGCAUAGGGGGACUUAAGUCUUGGCCCGAAGUUAUCCCCAAGCUCAUCGAAAGUCUUAAUUCGCAAGACGAAUGUCUACUUCAGGGAACAUUUGAUGCGUUGAAAAAAAUUUGUGAGGACUCUAAAGAUGGUUUGGAGGACGAAAGUCUUGCUUCGGCUCUAGAAGCGCUUAUCCCGAAGUUUAUCCAAUUUUUCUCUCACCCACAACCCAAAAUUCGUGCACUGUCUUUGUCUUGCGCCAAUCAGUUUAUUUCAAAUCAAUCCCGUGCCUUCCUGACCCAUAUGGAUGAGUUCCUGCAGGCGCUUUUUGCGCUUGCAGAAGAUGUUGACAGAGAAGUGGUAAAAAACGUAUGUUCGGCUCUGGUUCUACUUGUCGAGGUCCGCGUUGACAUGCUUUUGCCGCAUAUGAAGAACAUAAUUGAGUAUAUGCUUUUACGUACUCAAGAUGCCGACGACGCAAUAGCCCUGGAAGCUUGUGAAUUUUGGCUCUCGCUCUCCGAGAUACCACUGUGCUUCCAGGUUCUAAGUGGUUAUCUUGACAGGCUUAUUCCAGUCCUCAUACGUGGAAUGAAGUAUUCAGAAAGUGACCUAGCUUUGCUAAGCAAUGAUCUAGAAAACGACUCUCACGUACCUGACAAAGAAUGUGAUAUUCGUCCUCGCUUCCAUAAACCCAAAAACAGGAUGCAAGAAGACGAGGAAGAAGAUGAAGAUUACGAUGACUACGUUAGCAAUUGGACGCUGCGAAAAUGUUCUGCGGCUGCCGUCGACGUGUUGGCUAAUGUUUUUCACAGCGAAAUACUGCAACAUUUGUUGCCGAUGACAAAAGAGGCCCUUUUAUCGACACGUUGGGAAAUUCGGGAAUCAGGCAUAUUGGUGCUUGGGGCCAUCGCAGAAGGUUGCAUGAACGACCUGGUUAUAUACCUUCCAGAACUUUGCUCCUUUCUAAUCGAUGCACUUGAGGAUGAAAAACCCCUGAUAAGGAGCAUAACGUGUUGGACUUUAAGCCGCUAUGCACACUGGAUUGUUGGCCAGCCUCACGACCAGUAUCUUCGGCCGUUGAUCGUCGAGCUUUUAAAAAGGAUUUUAGAUACCAACAAACGUGUUCAGGAGUCUGCAUGCUCCGCUUUUGCCACGCUCGAAGAAGAGGCGUGUAUGGACUUGGUUCCAUAUCUCGAACACAUACUUCGCACACUGGUCCUUGCCCUCAGUCAGUAUCAGCACAAAAACUUGAUAAUUCUUUACGACGCUAUUGGAACGCUUGCUGAUUCUGUUGGACAUCAGCUUAACCGGAAGGAGUACGAGGACCUUCUUAUGCCCGCGUUGUUUGAAAAAUGGAACGCUCUUAAAGACGACGAUAAGGACCUCUUUCCUCUUCUUGAGUGCCUUUCGAGUGUGGCUACAGCCCUUGGGAUCGGGUUUUUGCCGUAUUGUGCCCCUGUCUUUACAAGAUGUCUCUCUCUUGUUGAAAAAACCAUUCAACAGAGCAUGGCACAUGCUGCACAACCGGACUUGUGUGAGCAACCCGAUAAGGAUUUUAUGGUUGUGUCGUUAGACCUCUUGAGCGGAAUAACCGAAGGUCUUGGUAACCACAUCGAACCGCUAGUUGCCAACAGCCAGAUCGUCCCGCUGCUCUAUCAGUGUGCCCAAGACCCUCAACCAGACGUACGGCAAAGUACCUUCGCGUUGAUCGGGGACCUGACGAAGGUCUGCUUUAACCACAUUAAGCCUCAGAUUGGCAGCUUUAUGAACGUCCUGGCACAGAAUCUGUCCUCAGAGAACAUUUCAGUUUGCAACAAUGCUAUCUGGGCAAUCGGAGAGAUCUGCAUGCAAAUGGGUAAUGACCACUGA